AUGUUACUGACAGAGCUUCCCACCAACGGCAGUGCGCCUGCGCAGGAGGCGUCGUCCGGGGGGCGGGGCCAGGAGCCGCUCGGCAGCACAGCGGAAGAAAAUGGCGGCCGUGGCUGCAGAGCCAGCAGCGGCGGUUCCGACAACAAACCCCGCGGACACGGACGACGACGGCCCGGCACGACCCGGACCGCCCGGCCCGGGUCUCCCCGGAGCCCCGCAGGACCCCGACAGGCGGCGGGAGGCCGGCCCGGAGCCGCUGCUCCCCGGGAGGAGGACGCCGAGGCCGGGGAGCAGCGCCGCCGAAGGCCGCUCCAAGAGGACCGGGAGGACCGGGAGGACCGGGACCCGGAGGACCGGACCGGCCCGGGACACGUGGACCGGGACCCGCUCCUCCGUGAGGACCCGCAGCCCGCAGCCGUGGUGCCGGUCUCCGUCCCGGACCCGCCGCCCGUCCCGGAGGCCGGUCUGUCUCUGGAGGAGCCGGCCGGACCCACGGACGGACCGGGACCGGGACCCGGUGGAGCGCAGGCCCGGGGAGGACCGGCUCUCCGGGGGGAGGACCGGCUCUCCGGGGACCGGGACCGGGACCUGCGGGACUCGUCCCCGCCCUGCCGGUCCCCGAAGAGGCGGCUGAUGACGGAGAGACCCGGGGAAGCCUCGUCUCGGUCGGAUCCGGGUCCGGGUCCCGGUCCCGUUCCCGGUCCCGGUCCUGGAGCUCCGCUGCUCGCCUCCGUGCCGGACCUGAGUCCCGGGUCUGAGGUCCGGGUCUCCCUGGACCACGUGAUCGAUGACGCGCUGGUGGUGUCGUUCCAGAGGGGGGGGAAGGUGUUCUCAGGGGUUCUGAUGGACGUCUCCAAAAGGUUCGGACCGUACGGUAUCCCCAUCACUGUGUUUCCCCGACGGGACGACCAGAGUCGACCUCCGGCGUCCGUGCAGUCUCCGCCAGCGACCAUUGUGGACUCCUCCACCAAACAGGAAGACGUCUCUGUGAGCCCCGUGUCCCAGGCCCCCCACCAGCCUCACCCCUGGACCUCCAAACCGCCGCCGCUGUUCCAGGACGGGGCGCCGUACCCGCCUCCUCUUUUCAUCAGGGACACCUACAACCAGGCCUUACCUCAGCCGCUGCCACGCAAGAUCAAGCGGCCAAAGCGGCGCUACCGCUGCGAGGAGCCCACCUCCAUCAUGAACGCCAUCAAGCUCCGCCCCCGCCAGGUGCUCUGCGACAAGUGCAAAGGUGUGGUGGCGUCGGGCGGGCACAGGGAGUCACGGCGUGGCGAUCUGAGGGGUGAGGAGGCGUCGCGGCGACGGCGACCGGCUGAGGGACCGAUAUCCUCCGAGGUCAAACGGCUGAGAAGUGAGGACAAGGGAGGACGUUCAGCCGCACGCUCAUCAUCAGGGAUACGUGUGUCACCUUCAUCUUCCUCUCGCCGAGUCCUGAGGGGUGUGGCUUCAUCCUCACCGCCAUCCAGCCGCAUGUGUCUGAAGCUGAACCCUAAGAAGGUUCUGGCCAAAGGUCCUGCUGUUGACUGCUCCGAAGCACGGCAGGUCCUCAAGAAGCUAGCGAGGAGUCCACAGCCGCCGCCGGAUCGCCGACCCAAAGACCAGAACCAGAACCAGGGUCAGAGCCAGAACCAGGACCGCACCAAGGCCGUGACCCGAGCAUCUGCCCUGCAGAACCACAACCAGAAGGUGCACUUCACUCGCCGCCUGCAGCAUCUCAGCGGCGGCGCCGUCGGCCCGAGCUCCCCGCCGCGCUUCCCCCGGAUGCGCCUCAAACCCCAAAGGUAUCGAACCGACGACAGCGUGGCGUCCUCUUCCUCUCCCCCUCCGAAACAGGCCGCUCGCUCCUCGCCUCCCAAACCUGCUUCAAGCCCCACCCCCACACCAGACCCACCCCAAGACCUGCCCCCUCCCCCAGCCACAGCACUUCCUCCAACGCCGCCCUCCACCUCCUGCACCUCCACGGUUGAGCUGCAGGAGGUGUGCCCUCGGAAGGAGGGGGCGGAGCAGGGAGAGGGAGGACACGAUGGGCCGGUAGUAGAGCCGCCUCCCCCCUGCUCCUCCUCCUUGGACUCCUCUCACUCAGAGUGCAGCUCCACAGAGACCUUUGACCUCCCCCUCCCGGAGACCCGCACUCCUCCUCCUCCUUGUCAGGGCCUCUUUGUCCCUCCUCUUCCUCUCCCCCGAGCCGAUGGCGAGGAGACGCAGGCCGGUGUUGAGGAGGAGGAGGAAGAGGAGGGAGGUGACCUGAAGCGGCGUCGUAAGUCUUCCACGUCCUCCUCCUCGUCUUCGUCCUCCUCGUCCUCGUCCGUCUUCUCCAAGUUGGUGUCCAAGUGUUCGCUCCCCGACGGUCGGACGGUUUGCGUCGGUGACAUCGUCUGGGCGAAGAUCUACGGCUUCCCCUGGUGGCCGGCGCGCGUUCUCGGCAUCACGUUGUCGCGGCGCGGCGACACGGGUCUGGCGGUGCGGCAGGAGGCGCGGGUCUCGUGGUUCGGUUCCCCCACCACCUCCUUCCUGCCGCUCACCCAGCUGUCCCCGUUCCUGGAGAGCUUCCAGUCGCGCUUCGACAGGAAGAGGAAGGGGCCGUACCGCCGCGCCAUCGCCGAGGCCGCUAGCGCAGCCAAACAACUCACUCCUGAAGUCCGGGCGCUGCUCACCCAGUUUGAGACGUAGCAUCAGCUGCCACUGCCGCCACCUCCCUUCCUGCCCUGCCCCCUGAACACAUGUCCCGCCCCUCUGCCCCACCAAUAACAGGAAGUGGGAGGAGCCUGUCCUCAGACUGAUACCUGUCUGUCAGAGACGGACGCAAACAACGCUCGUGUUUCUGUUUCCUCUUCUGAGGGGAGGGGGCUUCUCAUUUACCUGUCGGUGUUCAGGGGAGCAGUGGGCGGGGCUUUUCUCUGUGGUCACCUCCCCCUGUAUUCACAGAGGUCCUCAGUUUCAGGCAGGUGUCGUGAUCUGUUCACACUACACACUCAGCGUCGUUCAGUCGCUUCCAUGAUGUCAUAGUGAUGUCAUCAGACUACAGGCUCAAAUGAAAGACGCUAUCAUGGUGCAUUGUGGUUAAUGUCAGAUCCAGGGUCUCUGAUUGGCUGACAGCUUCAUCACAACACUAAACUAAAGGUACUCAUGGGUUCUCUGGGUUCUGCUGAGGAGCGUCACACUGAAAACAUUCCUCAGUUCACAACGACAAACUGUGAAACACAAAGUGUUGUUCAAACUGAGGUCGCAGGUCUCAAACAGGGUCCAGAGCUGAGCGGUCCAGACUGUCUGAUCUUUGUUGAUGAGAGUUGAUCAAUACAGCAGCUGAUUAGGGAUCAUAUGGGUCCCCAUAGUCCAGGACACCAGGUCCCUCUAGUCCUGUAUGGGAUCAGUUCUCUGUAGUCCUGUAUGGGAUCAGUUCUCUGUAGUCCUGUAUGGGAUCAGGUCCCUCUAGUCCUGUAUGGGAUCAGGUCUCUGUAGUCCUGUAUGGGAUCAGGUCCCUCUAGUCCUGUAUGGGAUCAGGUCCCUCUAGUCCUGUAUGGGAUCAGGUCCCUCUAGUCCUGUAUAGGAUCAGGUCUCUGGUUCAUUUUUGAUUAAUCAGACCCGAUCUGUUUGAGAUCCUGAAGCCUCAUUUUAUCGACAUGAUACAGAAACAGGGCGGAUGCUCUGAUGAUGAAGAUGAUGAUGAUGAAGGUGGGUUUCCCUCCCAUCCAGCCGUCAGACUCUCUUUACCGUCUGUUUGCAGAUCAGAGAUCCUGAACUGAGACUUUGGGGACAAAAUAACGGAAACAUAAAACGUGUAUGGUUUUUUUUCUUCUGAUGUUUUAAAUCUAUUAAAAAACUGUAA